AAAGGUUCCUCUCUCUGAUUGGAUCAUUGGAUCAACUUUGAACUAUUUCCAGUGAAACAACAGAGAAGCUCAGAGAAUCUCUCCUCAUCAAUCAGAGCCUUUUAGACAAACCAUCAUCAACAACCUGAAGUUUAUCAAGAAAAUUCAAUUCAAUUUCAGCGACAUUCAGCCUCAGUUUAUCAUUUCCACAUUACAUCUUCCAGGUCACAGAGUGUUGACAAAGGAACACAACAUUUAGUCAUUUGGAACUGAACUGUAGAGGAUUUACUGGAGGAUCAAAACCACUAAAGUCAGACAAAAAGAAACAUAAGACAAGAAAAACAGGACAGCAUAUUACAAAAGUGAGACAAAUGACACGAAACACAACAAAAAAGUGACAAACAGGAAAAAAGACAAAUCGACACAAAUGACACAUAAAACAACGAAUAAAGCAAAACACAAAAUGACGAAAAGUCCAAACCACAAAAUCAGACAAAAAAAGCAACCCAAAACACUCUAAGAGCCAUUUGGACCCGUUUCCCACAGAAAAGAAAACACCAGGAGCCACAAAACCCUUUAGACAUUUAAAAUAAAGAUGACACUGCAUAUAUUGUUUUUUCUUUAACCUUUAUUCUCUGUAUAAAAACUAUAGUGUGUUGCAUUCAUGAAAUCAAUAAACUGCUACAGAGAAAAUGAAAUGACAUGAACCCUAUGAAAAUCUGCAAAAUAAGAGGCCAUUAAAACAUUUAUUAGGGACUUUAACGCCUUAAUUUCAAUUAAUUGAUUACAGAAGAAACAGUGAUAACACUGAUGAACACUCCAGCCCAGUAGGUGGCGCUAAUGAACUUAAAGCCAUGAGGAAGAUCCACAGGAAGCACUGAGUGAUGUCAGAAGGUUUGGUGAACAGCGAAGGAAGACAAGAAAAUAUUGAUUUUUGACAAAAAUGUCUCAUUUUAUACAUACUUGUGGUAGUUUUAUUUCAUAGUUUAGUCAUUUUAUACCUAUUUGUGGUAGUUUUAUCUCAAAUUUUGUUUGUUCUCCCGGACAACCUGCUGCUCUGUGGGGAGAGUUCUUCAACUGUGUGGUUCUAGAGUGGAUCUCAGCCUCACAGCAGAGAAGAUGUCUGUCAGAAGAACCUCCCUGCUCUUCACAAACCCAACACAACUACACAGUCUGAGGCUUUCCAAUGCCAUGGUCUUGGUCCUGUUUCAGUGGGUCAGAAGAAGUAAACUGAUGUGUCUUUUGACUGUUGAAGAUCUUUGUCUCAUGGCUCAGAAAGAUCAAGCAUCAGAGAGAGAGUUGUUGAAGGUUGUCAGUAGUUUAUCUUCCCUGCUGAGAUCCUGUUCAGUCAGACAGUUGGUCCUCACUGAGUCCUGCAUCCCUGCUCAGUGUCUCAUUCCACUGCUGCUCCACCAUGGUCCUCCAACCAUCAAACUGAGUGAAGAUCAUGUCCAGCAGCUGCUGGUCCUGGUCCAUGAAGUCCAGGACCAGGACUUGACGUUGUCCUUGUUGAGUGUGGUUUCUGGAGACCUGACCUCCUGCUGCCUGAACUGGGAGCUUCUUCACUAUCUGCUGCAGCAGUCUCCAGCUCAGACCAUCACUGUGAACCUGAGGAAGAACCUCUUCUUACAGGAGAGCGCCGCUCGUCUGCUUCCCUUUCUGGGCAGGAUUGUGAUUAAAAGGCCCAGUCCCAGCUUGGUGAUGACUUCCAUCAGAGAGCUGUAUAGAGCUCACGCCAGUCACAUGGUCCCCAGUUUGCUGAGGUCAUUGGAUCAUGUGAUCAACCUGAGCUGCAGAGAGCUGGACUCAGUGGACUCUGCUGCUCUGCUCUUCACCCUCAGACACAGUGAUGGAGUUAAAGUGGACCUCCGGUGGACUUCCAUCCCAGAGGAGGGAACACGGUCCAUCCUCUCUACGCUGGACAGAGUUUCUCAGCUCAGGUCAGAUAUUAGUGCUGGUUUCCAGCCCAUCAUUGCUGUCCAACACACAGGACAGGAUCCAGCUGUCCUCUGCCUCAGUAUUAAGGACGUCCAGAUUCACACCUAACGAGCUGAAAGAGUGAAACUGGCCUCAGUUUGACUUCAUCACAAAACACAACGUCCAACCAGGAGAAACAAAGUUCUCCAACAUCUUCAGAUCCAUGAAGCUUCUCAGCUCCAUGACAACAAGUUCCCAGAGAACAUAAAGGGUUCCUGCAGCACACUGCUUCAUUCACAGCCUUUCAGAGUCCUGAUGGAGACACAGUAGUGUUGAAACAUUGGUCUGUUUGCACAUUUAAAGGCUGUCAAUCAAGCAGCUCCAGAGACUUAAGCAGGCAUGGCAAUUUUCUGCCAUUCUGCGGAAAUCCGCUGUUUUAAUUUUCAAAUUGAUCAUUUCUGUGAAUCGUCCAAAUCCGUUAAGAAAAUUUUAGGGGGGGGUGAGGUAUGUUUUUGUUACUCUUGCUCCCGGUUUUUGAGAAGCGCUCGGCGUUUCUCCCGCAGCGUAACAAAGAGAACCAGUCUAGCUCCUGCUGCAUUGUAAAAGGCCUUACGGUUGGUUGAAAUUGGUUAGCUGCCAACGAUUGGACCAAUCAAAUUUCUCGAUGCAUUCUUUUGUUACAAUUCAUGGCGGCAUGUUCGUGUUGGAAUUUUGAGAUAUUGGGAUCGUUUUCGGUGGAAUCAUGAGGCGACAUUAGAAGUAGGGUUGCCACGCGUCCCUUAAAACACUAAGGGCAGCCAAUUUAAACUUCGUAGGACCCACGUAGCGAGGACCUGAUGCCAGGUCCAGCAGAUCACGCUGCAGCCACGUGUUUAAAAAUGUUUACACCCGAAACUCCACCACGUCCACAGAAGCAAAAACGUUUGCAAAUGUACAGACGUGAGUGGGAAGAGAGAAACCCCUGGCAGUGGGUAAAAGGCAAACUGUCUUUUCUGUUGCUCAUGGACUGGCUGAAGUAAGGCAGCAUCAGGAGACCAACAUGUAAGAAACAUGAGAACAGAGAGAACCCAACCAGUAGGUCACAGUUCAUCAUCAUCUAAUCAUCUCUUGAAGUAGAUCUAGUAAGAGACAUCAAUAUCUGGUUGUUAAUUUAUCAGAGGAUGCUUAUAAUCAAGCUGAUGUGGUCUGUACUCUACAGUAUUUUAGUGACUCAAUAAAUGCCUAAGUUGUUUAGUAUUUUUUUAAUGCCUUUUAGUUUUUAAUAAACAUUUAUAUAAUAGCCAAUAUGUAAUCAAUAAAUGGCCUUUGCCUAUCUAAAGAAAAACUCACUCAGAACUCUGAUAUGCUAACAGCACUAAAUAAAUCGGUAAAUACAUGCAUACACACAUAAAUAAGUUAAUACGUUAACUGUGUUAAGAUUUAGAUGGGAAAAAAUGUCUGUAGAGAAUUUCUUUGUCCAGUAUUCUGCAUUCAGUUGUUUAUGUUUUUGUAGAAUCCAGUAUUGCUCACUGGUUGCUCAUUACAUUUUAUUUCAUUAGUUUGGUUUCACUGUUUAAAAUGAUGCCACUUCUGUUCAGGCAGAACCUGUGAUCAUAAAACAAUACAAAACUCUUAGUUUCAUGUUAAUAAAGCACUUAAAGCUUUAAGUAUGGCUAAAUGCUUUUUCAAAAUUAAAUAUAUCACUCCUUAGAUGGUAGUGGCCCCAAGUUCAGUAAAGUUGGAAAGAUAUUCACAGAUUCGGACUUCCAGCAUCAAUAACUCAUUAGAUAUAGGUUGUCUAAACAUAAAAAAUGCCUCUUUCCCAUCGUUGUAAGGUAGACAAUGUGCUACAAGCCCAGUUUUAUCUAAAGUAGCUGUCUUUCAAGCUGCAGGAAUAACAUUGAUGUCUGUGUGCAGCCGGCUGUGUGACGUCUGUCUGCAAAACCGCUGCAAUAGCGAUGAGAGACACAAAUAUUCAAUAACUUCAAUCUUGUUCUCUGUAGGUACACAAUAUGCUACAAGCCCAGUUUUAUCAAGUAGCACAUUGUGUACCUUAUAAUGAUGGAAAAGAGGCAUUGGUUAUGUUUUCACAACAUAUAUCUAAGGAGUUAUUGAUGCUGGAAGUCUGAAUCUGGGAUGAAAAAAGACCAUCAUAUACAUCAUAUAUUGUACAAAUAAUUCAAAGCAAAGAGACAUACAUUGUAGAAUUGUAGUAAUUGUGGGCUGACUGAUUUACUGAUUAUCAGUAUUUUAUUUUUUACUGAUUUAUGGUAAUAAAUCAAUUUAAAAAUGGU